CCAGUACUCCACGUGUUGUUUCCCUCGUCGCGUUGAUUUCCUAACCCCCAUUUCAUGAUUUACCCGUGAAAACAUGAGAUAAAAAAAUUAAAUACCUCAACAAAAUACUUUAAACAAAUUAAUCAAUCUGUGAGAUCGAAUAAGAUGAAAGUCAAGAGCUUAGAAUUAGAAGAGUCAGAAAAUGACAGUGCAUCCGAAGAUAUUUUGGAUUCCGACGAAGGGAAUCAAUCAGAAAAUAGUUUUGAUGAAGAUGAUUCAUUCGAACCUGGAGAAUUUGUGAGAAAACGUCCUCGGGACGACGAGGACUCCCACCAGAAUAAGAAGAAAAGAAUAAAAAAGAAUAAUGAAUUGUACAAGCCGCCAACAGCUGAAGAAUUAUCUCAACUACGAGAAACCGAGAAUCUGUUCCACUCGAAUCUCUUCAGACUCCAAAUCGAAGAGAUAUUGACUGAAGUUAAAUUAAAGGAUAAAUAUAAAAAAUUGUUUGACACGUGGUUUAUUGAAUUGAAGAAGAAUAUCAGAUCAAUUUCAGAGACGAAAGAACGAGAAUUGACGAGGAAGAAAUCUCUGAAAAAAUUAGAAAUAGAAGUGCCUGACCUCGAUGUCCCGAUUAAUCAGAAGGGAACCUACAGAUUUCUGAAGCCCUCGAACAUAUCUCCAAUCGGUUCCUACACUGUGAAUACUACAGUAGGCCCCGAUGUAAUCGUAGACGUCAUGGUGGAGAUGCCCUCGGCUUUAUUCCAGAAACAUGAUUACCAGGACUACAGAUAUAUGAGAAAGCGAUCGAUUUAUCUCUCAUACAUCGCUGCGAAUCUCUCCGACUCUCUUAUCGAGAGAAAGAAGUUCUUUGGAGAGAGUUACAUGCCGAAACUGAAGAUAAUUCCCUCUGGAGCUCUUGGAAAAAGAGUGACGGUUCACAUUCAUAUAGCAGCGGAGAAGGGCAGCUUCAAACUCUCCAGAUUCUCUCCAGAGAAGAACUCAGUCCGACCGAACUGGUUUUUCAAUUCAAAUAACGAUCCCUCGGAGGUCUCAGCACUCCCCCCGACUCCUCAUUACAAUUCCAAUAUUCUGCACGACCUCACGAUGGGGGAGACCAACACUCGAGCCUCGAAGGUCCUGAAGGAGUACCCAAACCUGAGGGAUGGGAUUAUUCUAUUGAAGAUCUGGCUUUUCCAACGUCAACCAGAGAAAUCAUACGAGGGAUUUAACGGUCACAUCCUGAUGAUGUACGUACUGCAUCUGCUGUACGAGAAGAGGCUUAAUACAUUCAUGAGUAGUUAUCAGAUUGUCAGGAACGUAUGGAAUAAUUUGGUGCAGACAAAUUGGUCUGAGACUGGCAUCACAAUGUGUCCAGACCUCGAGGCUAAAUCUCGAGUCAGUGAGUACCAGAAAUAUUACGACUGUGUAUUCCUCGAUUCCACUGGUCAUCACAACUUGGCAGCUAAUAUAUCGAUUGAUAAUUACCUUUGGAUUCGCAGUGAGGCAGAGGUGGCUGUCAAGUCCCUCGACAACGCCAGCAUCAACAGCUUUCAGGUUUUAUUCAUGAGACGAUUGCCAUUUUACUCAAUUUUCGAUCACUUUGUAUGUUUUCAUGAUGUUGAGGGCCUCAAGAAACUCCUUGAUGGGGUUCCUGAUGAGAAGAAGGUAGACCUCGGGGUGCACAAACGAUCUCAUGUAAUCAAUCUCAUAGUGAAUAUCUUGAAGAAGGGCCUGGGUCGACGGGUGUCUCAAUUAUACGUCAAACCAGAAGACUACAAGGAGUGGGAGUUGACAGAAAAAAUUCCCUCUCAUCUCAACAGAAUCUUCAUUGGAUUCCAAUUGAAUCCAGAGUUUUGUUUCAAUAUACUUGAUAAGGGGCCUGAGGCCAAUGCCCCUGAAGCCGCUGAUUUCCGAAAGCUCUGGGGGAACAAAUCAGAGCUUAGGCGGUUCCAGGAUGGCUCCAUCUGCGAGGCUGUCGUCUGGAACAAGUCCACUACCAUCUCCGAGAAACGAAUGAUCACCAAACAAAUUGUUAUGUUUCUAUUGAAGUCGCAAUUGGAUAUUUCUAAAUCCGAGUACUUCUACGCUGGAGAUCAGAUCGACGAGUUCCUCAAGUAUAGGAAGACGAAGCUCAUAAAAUUUCCGUAUGGAACUGGAGAAGAGGCGACGCUCCAAACUCUGCAGGUCUUCAACUCCCUGGAGAAGGAGUUGACAGGGUUGACAGAGCUCCCAUUAUCGAUUACUGGAGUGCAGGGGAUCAGUCCAGUGUUCAGAUACACUGAUGUAUUCCCCCCACUGGCAACUGGUUACAAAGCAGAUGAAGACACAGAGGAAGGUGAGAAUUGCCUUCUCCUGAAGGAAACGGCCAGCCUUGAAAAAGCUCCGACUUCAGCUCGUGCGAUUGAAGGAGUCAUUCAACUCUCUGCCAGUGGAAAGUGGCCUGAUGAGCUCGAAGCGGUAAGAAUGACAAAAACAGCCUUUCACAUUCAAAUAGCUGAGUGCGUUCGUAAGUCACUGGGUCUCAGGGCAAAGGGAAAUUGCAAUUACGUGGAUAUCCUCAAGGAUGGAUUUGUUUUUCGUCUGAGUGUGGCACAUCAACGUGAGAUAGCUUUGAUGAAGCAACAGAUGGGGGAGGACGGUGUAAUAAAGUACAGGGAUAAUGAAGAAUCAAUUUCACUGGAGAAUCAUCUAUUUCAUCUUCCUAAGUUGAAUGGUGCACUCCAUGGACUGCACUCUCAGCAGCCCUCGUUUGGGCCCACGUGCUGUUUGGUGAAGAGAUGGCUGUCGGCACAUCUUCUCGAUGCCUCUCAUUUUCCAGAAAUUGUUGUCGAACUCCUGGUGGCAGCCAUGUACCUCAAUCCAGAUCCCUACAAGCCCGCUCAAAUCCCGCAGACUGCAUUCAUCAGGAUCUUGCAGUUUUUCGCACGAGAAGCCUGGAGCACUGAUCCUGUGAUCGUUAAUUUCAACGGGGAAAUGACCAGAGAGGAAGUUGUCGCCGUGGAGAAUCACUUCGGAGAGACCAGAGAAACACUUCCGCCUCUCUUCAUUUCCACCCCUUACGACCACAACAAAUCUAUAUGGACGGGUGUUAGUCCUUCGAUUCUCGUUCUCAAUAGGGUUGCCUCCCUUGCUAAGGAAGUCCUCAAGCUUGUCGAGAGGGAGUUGUUUGAGAGCUCCUUCAUAGUCUGGGAACCCAUGUUCAGGCCCACCACGGGUGGGUACGAUAUUCUUAUUCAUGUCAAAGCGGAAUUGAAUGCGAGGAGACCCCAGGCCCUCGAUCUUGAUGGCAGCCUUCCUCAGAGCAAACGACGUCCUUAUAAACCACAUCCUAAUGUCACAAUUCCCAUCAUUGGAUUUAAUCCUGUGGAUAAAUAUCUGGAGGAAUUGAGAAACAACUAUGGAGCAUUCGCGUUGUUCUUUCACGACACGUACGGGGGUUCUGUGAUAGGUGUACUGAUGAAGCCCACAGAGCUGGAAAAAAGAGAGUUCAAAGUCCCUAAUGUGAAUUGCAGGAGAAUCGAUGGCUCUGGGAAACUUGUGCUGAAUGUUCCUGCAAUGAUAGAGGAUUUUUCACUCCUUGGUCACGGUCUCGUUGAGAAUAUCGAUGUACAGUCAAAAAACAUUAAAUUGAAUUAAAUAAUACGACUUAUGUAUUUUUAUAACUCAGAGGAAUGAAUUUUUGAGAUAGAAAAUAAAUGCCAAAUAUUCAUAACGAUAUUUUUUCUUAUUCUUUACUUGAUAUAAGCACGUGACACAAUGUGUUUCAUAUUUACAAUUUAAACAUUCACGCGAUCAUUGAUUUAUCCAUUAUUUAUUUUCAUUUGUAAAUGAAUAUCGGUAGUAUAUGAAAAGAAAAUGUCAAUUACUUAGGUAAUGAGAUUACGAUUUAAUGAUAAUGAGAAAUAAAAUUGAAUCACAGCUUAAAUUAUUGAUAUUGUUAACUUAAGCGCAGCCCUGGGUAAAUGAAAUGGAUAGAUGCACGCCGUUGGGGGAGGAAUAAUUGUUGUAAAAUUAAUUGGAUCUAGCGGAGGGUAUAAAUGAAAAUAGAGGGACGUACGAAUCACAAAUAAUGAUGUAACACUAGAAAAUGUAAAAUGUACGGACUAACAGUACUUAAUUCUUCAGGAUGGUCCGGUGUUUUUAAAAGCAGUCUUACAUUUCUUUCGUGCAGAUUAUGCAGACCACUCUCAAUCACUCGCAAAAAUUAUUUUUCUCAUUUAUUAAUCCUUAAUGUAUAUUCACUAAAUAUUCCUCAUCAUCUCUAGCCACAUUCGUAAAUCACUGAAUAGCGAUAAUUAUUCAUUAAAACACUUUAUGUACAUUAAAUUGAAUAACAUUAAAUUAAUCAUUUUCUUACGUAUCAUUUUUUAAAUCCUUUCUGUAAUGUAAAUGUCACUAGUUGUGAAUUCCUUAGUGCAAUCUUAAAAUGGGAUUGAGAUCGGGCUGGGAAGAGGACGAGGCGUACUUUCAGUGCUCGAUCUUGUUUUUUUUUUUUUUUUGUUAGUAUUCUUCUUUAACAGUCAACUAAAUUAAUUAUGCGGGCAGUACAGGUGUUUUGUAUAUUCAUCGUCUUUUUCUUUGCGAGUAUAAAAUUUAUCGGUGAAACAGAGAAAACUCAAGGUAUCUUAUGUCAUCACAAGAGAUUAAUUUUCUUGUUCAUUUUGAAUAACCACAAUGCCGUUUUCGACUAAUCCUGUGCCAUCCUGGCUCAUUGGAACUCUAAUUUUUUUUGUAUUGUUCUAAGCUGCGAACAGUUCUACAUCCUCUAAUACUUCUACAAAUGUACAGAUGCGAAUAUCUUCCAUGAUAACAUUUCAAUAUUUUUUGCUCUUAGAAUUUAGAAAUAAAAUUUAUACUCUGAUGAUUUUACGCUUCGUCUGCAUGAUUUUGGUUUUACAGGGAGAUCAGAGCUAAUUAUGAGAUUGGCUCGAAUUAAUUCCGUUUAAGCGACAGUGAAUUUACCAGCGCAGGCUAGGGAACUUUUCUUUUUGGCAUUGAUAAAUUGUAUUUAUUUGAAUUUUUAGCUAUUAUUAAAUUAAUUAGUCGUCCAUUGUUAAGUCAAGACGGUUUUUCAUCGUCCGAAGUUCAUUGUUUCGGCCUCUCUAUUUCUCCUCCCUUCGACGUUAACUUUCUCGAAAAUGUAGAUUAUGUACAAUUAAUACACGAUUAAAACAAACAUCCCCAUUUUUUUUUUCACUCAUGUAAUGAUCACAAAGACUUUAUCCCCCCAAUUGAUGGUUUGGUUUCACGGUUAUUCGUUUAGAUGUAAAAUUGACUGAUACGAUAAUUACAAAUUCCAAACGUGACAAUCGCGA